AUGGAAGUGAACCACCAUACCCUUUUCCGGUUGAUCAACGGCUACAGUCUCGGUACAAUUUCAUUUCUAAUCGGUGCAAUGAACAAUCGUGACAAAGAGCAACCUAUUGAUUUCCCCGUUGUGUACCGACACAACGCAACCAAUGGAGCAGGUGAACAGUACCGGAACAACAUUGCUCGGGCAAAUCCAUUGUUUGGAAGAAGCAAAAGUGAUCUUGAUAUAGCGAGUGGCAAAUUCGAGCUCAAUCCGGAUGGAAUUGAUACCUCCACGAGCUCCAAUACGGAUGCUUCGUCGUCUUUAAUUGCUCGUUCAUCACGAAACUCGACGACAGCAGUUCCACCAACGCCACCACCACUACCACCAAAACCGAUAGCCAUUACCGGCAUCUAUCAGACGGACAGUGGCCGGCGUCAGUCUUCUAUUACUCCAUCGUACGAUAUUUCGAAAAGUAUCGCGGAAAGUGCAAUGGACAUUUCACUACUAACGGCCAAUGCCAACCAGCUGCGACUUCUCAUUACCUACAAUCAAGGAUCGAAGACGUACGUCGCGUGCAUCACGUUCGUUAUCAUGUCGCUGGUACUACAAAUGAUGGUCGCUAUUACAAUGAUCGUUGUUUCGCUCACCAAACCCCAACGAGACGAUCCGAAGCGGCAACGGGUGAAGAUCGUAACGUCGAUCGGUGUAGCGAUAAUAACGAUGAUAAACAUCCUUGUAGCAUCGCUGGUUGUUGCCGAACAACCUCCCAAUGCUAUCAUCGCUUCUUCCGGUAGCGUGGUGGGUCUACUAACCAAUGUUAACAUAACAGACACAGCGCUCGGCGGAACGUAG